UACAACGACUGAGUAGUACACUACUAAGAUAAUUUACUUCAUACACAUGCUGUCCUGUUGUAUUGAAUUUAAUCUCCAAAAUAUGUGAUAUGAUAAGACCAUAAUACUAGCCAAGUCUAGCGGAUGUGCCUGCAUUCUGAACCCGGCUGUGAUCAGGCAGGUUUCGCGCCAAACUUCGAGGUCAUUUCACGAAGCUGGAUUGAAAGAAGCGAGAAGAUCUUCCAAAACCGCUCCUCGGGUCUGUUUCAGGUGCUAUCCCACGAUGGACAUGGAUUUGAUCGGGGGACGUCUGUCUGCACAGAAGGCCAGGAAGAGAUACUUCCUCACCACAGCAGACAUGGCAGGCCUGGACUACACUCUUCCCUUCUGGGUUGGUUUUGGAUGUGGAAGUGCCAUGAAGUACUACAGGCUCGCUGACCUGCAGGAAAGGGCGGAGCAGAAGUAUGGAAAGGAAGGUUUUGCAGAGAAGCAGAAGGAAUUGGAGAAACGGGAGAAAAAGAGGAAGCUUGAGGAAGAAAAGAAGCGGAAGGACCAGCAGGCCCGUGAGAGUAAGAAACAGAAGCUGGUGUUGACUGUUCCCGACUGGGGCAGGCAGCCGCUGACAGACCUGGCUAGUGUGGGGGCGCUGGCCCAGAAGUGCAGCUUGGAACAACUGCAGCAGGUGGUUGUGUUUGCGGCUGAGAAGAAACUGCCAGUGAUGGAGGCUAUCAAUGCUGUGAAGGACGAGGCACUGCUGCCCAGAGAGAACUUCAGGGAACUCCAGCCCAAACUCGCAAAGGUCCUGGACUCAGACGCAGAUGCGGCCUUGAAGAGGAACGCACAGAAGCUUGCUAAAGCCGAGGCCAGCCGAGCUCAGCAGGCCAAACUGAACAGGAGAAUCACCGGCACCUGGGACCUGACUGUCACCAACAAACAGGCCAAAGUCAGUGGGAAUAAAGGUACACUGGACAUCAGUAGAGACGGCUGCGGUGUGGGUUACAUCGACUUUCCCUGUUACUAUGGAAACCUGGAGUGGUUCGACAAGGAAGCUGCGGAGGGCAAAUAUAUGGAGAUCUCCACAUCAUGGAAAGUGGACUGGAAAAGAAAAUACGGCAAGCUGCGAGUGACGGUGAAGAAGGAUGAGUCAGGCGAUGACUUGGUGGAGGGGACGUUUAACGCGGGUUGGCACCGGAACGGUUGGCCGGCGACGCUGCGCUUCACGGGUGUGAGGAGGGGGACAUACGCGGGCGAUGCUGAGGGGAACGAUGAUGAUGAUAGAGAGACAGAUGAUGAGCUCUAGACCGAUGACAUAGUUUUAACUCUCGGCUACAGGAACAUUUCUCACAGUUUUAGAUUGUUUUAUAACCCUCUACACAACUCUACACUUCACAGGCAUGAGGAGGAGACUGUACAUGGUUGAUACUGAGGGGAAUGAUGAUGAUGAUAGAGAGACAGAUGAUGAAGAGCUCUAGACCGAUGACAAAGUUUAAACUCUCGGCUACAGGAACACUUACUCUUCCCACAGUGAUGUGUGACUGUUUGCUUGUUCCAUUUCUUUCCCAUUCUGUUCUGGUUCUAGUUGUGUCUUAUGUUGUUUUUUUAACCUACCAAACUAAACUACUGUUUACCAUUACUACUAUUUUAUGACAUACAUGUAUGCAUGGAGAUGAAAUUUAACAACUUGAUGUUGUUUCAGCAGUUUGAGUCCUAUGAUAGACUUCUUGCUGACUUUGUUUUUGUACACAUUUUCUCCAUUGAAAUGUUGUGCAGUAUACAUUAUACCGACCAUGCCAGUACAAUGUAUAUAUCUUUCUUAUUGUUGUAUGUAGAUAGCUGUUUCUAGCUUCUCAAGUCAGUUUAGACAUAACAAAGAAAAAUACAUGAACACAAAG